UGGCUUCUGCCUACGAACCGCAAGCUGCGCAACAUCGAGUUCAUCGCCCUACGAAACCUGUCCGUGACCUCGUCGUCGCCGGCACGCAAGAGAGGCAAGACUAUCGACGAUGAGGCGCUACCUCAAUCUCUCAAGUCGCCGGCCAAGCUCGUUUCGUUGCGCGUACAGAGAGCACUGGGUCAUUCUCGGAGCUCGACGGAUCUGAGAGCUGUCAGUGCUCUCACUGGGAGCCCAAAUCGGCCUUCGCAUCUGAAGCCUCGCAGGCGUAGCACUGUGGAGUGGAAUAAUGCUACUCCUCAAAGGAGACAGGAGCGGCUUGAGGACGUCACAAAGGAGCGCAUGGCUGAUGUCUUCUUCACCCUGCAUGUGCGGAACGUGGAAGAGCCUGUCUAUGUGUCCGAAAUCGUUCCACAAACCAUGAAUCCCACCUUCCGACGUGUCGACUGGAGUGCAUGUGGCCCCGACAUCACUCGUCUUGAUCAAAUGACCUUGCGUGUCUGGGUCAAUGAUGGAAGUAAAUCAUGGAGACAAUUCUUGCAUCUGCAGAUGGACAUGAGCGCUCUGUUGUACAUUGGUAAAUCUCUCGAUACUCUGGACCGUCGCCUACCGGAAAGUGCAGUCCUGCUUCAGCUUAGCGAUGGAGUCUACACGGUUCCGUCUGGAUCGCUUGAAGAUUUUGUGCCUCAUCGCCCUCCCGCGGCGAGAAAGAGUCCUAAUAUGCCGGAUCGAACUCUCCCCACGUCAUCAUUCGAUGCGCUCCUGCGACUAUCUAAGCUCGACGACAGUAUACAGGACGCGCUUGCUACCCGCAACUAUCUCUAUCAUGAGCUUCAACGUUUGCUAGAAUUGAAUCACGCGGCUCUGGAUGAGCGCGAUCAAGUUCAGGAAGCUGAGGAUCGGGUCAAGACUAUCGACUUUGCAAGGAGGACAGUGGAGAAACAGCUUGAAAAAGCUCGCAAGCAACAGGACGAACGGCGCGCCUCACUCAACGCUCGCAGGAAGCUCAUAGCAAUGGACUUAGCUUCUCGAAAAGAAAGCUCAGCCAAGGUGAAGCACAUUCGCGAUGACUUUCCAGUUAUGCGAGAGGAGCACGAAAUCAAAAAGAAAGCCAUCACCAACCAGCGCCGACGCGUGUGUGAGGAAUUGCAGCAAUGUUAUCCGAUUCAACAGCUCCCCGGCAAGAUGCUGAGCUUCACAAUAAGUGGCCUCUCUUUACCCAACGCGGAAAACCUUGAUGCUGAGCCACCCGAGAUCGUCGCUGCAGCAUUUGGCUACAUCGCGCACAUACUGCAGCUGCUAUCGUUCUAUCUUCAACACCCACUCACAUACCCAGUGACCCCGACGGGCAGCACAAGCUCUAUAUUUGAUGGCGUCAGCAUUCUGAACACGAAUAAGACUUUAUCGUCCGAAAACGCCGAGCGAACGUUGCGAACAUACCCGCUUUUCAGCAAAGGAGUGCCCAGGUUCCGAUAUGAGUAUGCAGUCUUUCUUCUCAAUCAAGAUAUCAGAAUCUUACUGGAGAGCGCGUUCAACCUACGAGUUCUGGACAUACGGCAAACACUGCCAAACCUGAAGUAUCUGUUAUACGUUGCUACCGCGGGUGAGGGUGACCUGCCGUCUCGAAAAGCAGGUGGAAUCCGAGGACUAAUGAGGGCGCCCGUGAUGUCUCGCGGUGGUAGCGCUGACUCC